AUGGAACGCAUGCGUACAUUAGAUCGUGUGGUGGAGACCCGGAUAGAUCUUCUGGAAUGGGAGUCACCGACUCCGAAAGAGGAUUGUGCCGCCUGUCGUGCCCUCGAUUGCGACAUUAUCUUUGCCUUAUUGUUCACUAUGGUGAUCGCCUGCCUUUUAGUGCUUAUAAUGCAUCCAGUGGAUAAAGCGCAUAUCUGCGCAACAACUGUAACAGAUGCCCACAUUCGUUCAGAAUGUGAUCGAGUUUUCGACGAAAAGAACCCACGAGGAGAAUUUCAAUUUCCGCUCCUCCCAAAGGAGCCCACGGAUAACUCCAUAGAGAAAAAUAUCACAUUGCCUAGGAAUUUGCAGUGUGUAUACACGUUUGUCGCGGGACCGAGGCAACGCGUAAAAUUAGAAUUCGAACAUUUUCAUCUCGCUGGCAGCUCCGAAAGCUGCGAGAUUGAAUAUGUAGACAUUUAUUCGGAGCUUGAACGGGUCGAAUCUGAUCUGCUAUCCGCAUCUUUGGGUGGCAGAUAUUGUGGUACCGUAUCACCUCAUGUAUGCGGCUUGCAGCAACGGACCGAAAUGUAUUCUGUCGGCACAGAAGCACUCAUUCAUUUCAACACCACCAAUCCAGCCAAAGCUGAUCCACGAGGCUAUCUUUCCUACAGUAAUCCUUUGCAGUUUCCCGAUAUAUACCCACCAAACACCACCUGCACUUACAUACUCGACGGUCUUCAAGGAGAUCAAAAUCUUGAGAAAGUGAUUCUCACAUUCGAAGAGUUCGCAGUGCUCUCGGACGAUGACAGGUAAGA